AAGAAAGAAAAAAGAUUUAAAAAAAAACUGCGGUUUCUGAUUUUUGUGAAGACCAUGCAAUUCAAGCUCGGCGGGCGCGUGAUCCGGGUCACCAAAUGGAUCUUCAGACGGGUCAGGAUCCGACGCAGAUACCAUCGUUUGGGUGGUUCUAACUCUAACCCCAUGGCGAAGCUUCUCACGUGGGCGCGCAUGUUGAAGAGAGGAGCCAGACUCCUGUGCGAGAGGAAGGGGUCGGGUUAUAUUCCAAUCGGGUCGGAUCCGGAUAGUGUUCCGGCCGUGCCAAAGGGGCAUUUGGCAGUGUACGUGGAGGAGGAAGACGGCGCGUGUCAGCGCGUAGUAGUGCCGGUGAUUUACUUCAACCACCCUUUGUUCAGUGAUUUGUUGAAGGAAGCGGAGAAGGAGUUCGGGUUUGAGCAACAGGGUGCGUUCACAAUUCCGUGCCGGUUCACUGAGUUUGAACGAGUCAAGACCCGAAUUGCAUCCGGGUCGGGUUUGCGGAGGAACCGGAGACGAUUGGCGUGGCGGGUACAGUGUUGAACUACGAAGUGUUGAUGGGGUGACUUGAAAUAUGCUUUCGGAAUUUUUAUUUUUAAAAAUAGGUUUGAGAUAUUUAUUUAUAUAUUUCACUUUUUUUUUUUAAUUGGGAAUUCUUUAGGUGGGUAUUUGAAUGUU